AUGGCAGAAGAUCCGGAGAAGUUAUUUCUUAUGGAGUUUUUGGUGGAGAGUGUGUAUGUUCAUAAACAUGGUGGACAGAUGAUAGGUGCUACAGAGUGGAUGAUGUGCGGGCCAACUGCCGUUUCGUUUCAGUUCAUGACGUUUCCCACAUUAGAGAUACUAGAGACGGAAUUCCCUGGCAAAGGAUGUCCAGGGUCUGAGCCACAAAUGUUCGAGAGCGGUAAAUCGUGUUUGUUUUCCCUGCCUGAGAGAGUAUUGCGAAAUGCCCCUGGGGAAUUAAUAAUCAAUGUGGAAGUUUCGAAGAACCUCCCGGCAGGUUGUUCACCCAGUAUGUUGAAAGUGGGGGAAACUAAGAUUGACUUUACAAACGAAUUCAAUUCGGUUGUUAGCGAUAUCUACAAAAAUCCUAAUAAAAUUCCUGCAACGAAAUCGCGGAAGGAGUGUUAUGCUCUUCGGCAUCAAGGGGGUGUUGUGGGUCAGAUUAAACUUUUCAUUAGAUUGUCAUGUUUUGGUAAGUUGAUUAUCACCCAGUUCACAUUGGCCAGUGGCAAAAGCUAUUUAUUUAAGGGUAACAAAGACACCCUUUACAAAUGCCAGGAAGUGGAUACAGAAACGCCUAUUUCUGCCCCGUGCGGAGCUGGCGUUGGCAGAUUUUUCCCUCAAGCUACGGAUUUAUUAUCUGCUGUUGGGCAGCGCCUGGGAAUUAGCCAUGGCGGCCAGGGUGAACAUGCAGGCAUCGCAGUUGCCCCGAAUACUUGCGCUGCAAUGCAUGCCAUGGAGGCAGCAGAGGCCGGAUUGCCUUGCGAGUGGUUUAGUGCGUCCCGUGGUACUCCGGCUCCGAAAUGUGGACCAGGGAAAGGCCCUGCGUGUUUUAAGAUAACGAAGGGCCAGCACGGUGAUCAGCCUCCAGAACCUCUUAGCUCUCUGCAGAACCCUCAGUGUGCAGCCACAGUGGACGACGCCUAUGUCUUGCGCGUAGGCAAACGGUGUACGAAAGGCUGUGAUGAAAAGGAACAACUUGAGUUAGAACUAAGGGCGCCGCCCCAACGUUAUAAAGACACCAAAGAAACCCAGUGGGAAGAGUUGGCCGAAGAAGGAAAGGGAAAGGGCAAGAAAGGAAAGAAGGAGAAAGGAAAGAAGGGAAAGAAAGGGAAGAAGAAGAAAUAG